GCCAUUUUUCCCUAAGCAUAUAAUACUGUGCACAAGGCAGGAAGCAGAGCGAGCCAUGGACAGCCACGAUAGUGAUCUUGAUCUGCUGCUCUCCCUUAACGACCAUGUCGAUCGAGUCGCGGAGACUCCUCCCCAUUCUCAUGCCUCUGGUUACUUUUCGGAAGAAGACAUGCCGAGACAUGGAAAGGCUCUGGGCAUGGCGGCCUUCAAAGAUGUUGUCAAGGACUCCGUAGAAGAAGAAGAUGCCAAGCUCAAAACACCUGCAACUUCGCAGCCCCAGAAAACCCUCGACAACAACCUGAAAUCCCACUCGACUAACGAUGUUGAAGUUGAAAGAUAUUCUGGCUUGCGGAUAAGAAAUAGAAUGGUGUCGACAAUGAGCAUGACCAUUCGGUUCUCUGAUGUCAGAUUCAUUCGCUUGCAGGCCAUCAGUACUGCAAUGAUGGGUGAUAACAUUACGGGCUCUUGGGCGACAGUUGGCGUCCUAACAGAAAAAGGAAAUCCCAGAUUAAGUAGCAAUGGGAAGAAUUUUGCUAUUUGGAAACUAUCAUCUCUCGAUUCGGCCACUAUUUCCCUCUUCCUAUUUGGUGAUGCGUAUACUCGUCACUGGAAAGAAUCACCUGGGAGCAUUUUAUCAAUUUUUAAUGCCAAAGUUCGUCGUGAGGACAAGGGAAAUGAAUUUUCUCUUAGUGUGUUUGCAGUUGACCAAAUUGUAAAAUUGGGAACUUCUGUUGAUUAUGGUCUCUGUAAGGCGAAGCGGAAGGAUGGAAUGCCAUGCACAAUGAUUAUAAACCGAUCUCGAGGUUCAUAUUGUCAAUACCAUGUUGCUGCAACACGCCAAAAAUAUACUACCAAACGUGCAGAGCUAAGUGGUGGAAAUCUGUCAACAGCAUUUCGGAAACCUCUCAAAUCGGAAGGGAUAUAUAUGGUGAAACCUUUAGGAGAAAGUUCUAAUAACAAUAAGCCUAGCAGACCGAUGAAAGUCAUGACUACAGAAGAUUUGAGAAAGACUCUCAGCAAUGCAGACAAGGUGACAACUAAGCACCAGUCUCAGGGAAUCAGGUUCCUGUCAAGUGUUGCAAAUGCAGAGAAUAUGGACCCCAAAGCCACUGUCAGGAAAUCAGACCUUCAAAUGAAGAAAGUCAAACAAUAUGAGGAGUAUCUUAAGAAAAGGCCUUCUUCAACCAUAAAGCCAACGGGAGUUUUACAAAAGCAUGAACCUGAAGCUAAAAGGAAGAAGACCGUGCAAAAUCCUGAUGAUUUGAUUGAGUUAGACAUAGAUGUUUGAGAUGAUGAAUUGGUGUGUAAUUGUGCAUCUUUAUGCCUGUGGGAUUGAGAUUGAUUUUCUCAUAAUAGCAUUGCUCCAUGCUAGUUUUUUGUACAGCUUUUAUUGUUCUGUAUCAACCUAGAUCUUUUAAAAGAGCUAUUGUGGAUAUCUAACAUUGCAUUGGCUAUU